AUGCCCCCCAAAAAAGAGAUCCAAGCAGAGGAACUGGGGAUAAACCUCUCAUCCAGAACCGAAACGGAAUACUUCAAAUGGUUCCUCGCAUGUCUCCUAUUCGGUAAGCCGGUCCAGCAAGCCGUCGCCAAGCGAGCCUUCCUUGAGCUCGUCCAGGAGGGCAUCACUUCGCCGGAUGCUAUCCUAGACGCAGGAUGGGAUCGACUAGUCGAGAUCCUGGAUGAGGGUCAUUAUGUCCGGUAUGACUUUUCGACUGCGACGAAGUUACUUGAUGUCUCGCGUGUUAUCAAGCAGGAAUAUGGUUCCUUUGGGGAGAUGUUGAGACGGUUCGGGACUGAGGAAUUGGAGGUGCGGAUGCAGGAGUUUCGGGGAGUCGGGCCGAAGACAGUGGAGAUCUUUAUGAGGGAUAUGAGGCCUUUGCUUUAG